AUGGAGCUACGUACCUUAACGGACAACGUGGGACUUGUGCGGGCUGUGCAAAAGCUCAACUUGGGGAUCUUACCGGUGCAACCCCCUGCUUUCUGUUACCGUCGAGCGGAAAAGGACACGCACCACUUAUCGUGGGCAACAAUAAGUGAUCAAUGUACUGUGAGUGGUGCGCUCAUUGCUGAUCUUGAAUUGGACUCACGCAAUGGACAGCGAACGGUGCAACUUCGUACACUUGUGGUUCUUGCUCAGUACCGACGCCAAGGAAUUGGGACACAAUUGGUGCAAAAAGUCAUUGAACAAGCCAAGAACGCCGAAACAAGAGAUGGAGAAAACAUUGCAGCUAUACGACUUCAUGUUCAUGCUGGAAACGUCGAGGCGAUAGCGUUUUAUAAAGCUCUAGGCUUUGUAAAGACAGCUCAGGUUGAAAACUACUACCGCCACUUGGAGCUACGUACUGCAUUCGUAAUGGAAUAUGCACUGCAUUAA